CCUCCCCGCUGAACAAGCUGAAACUAAUACAUUCCAACUUAGAAGACGAUCCUGAAGAUGUUCGGAUGGAAUUUAUGAAAUACUUCCGAAGCAUUAUCACCUUAAUAAAUGAGAGCAGAGAGCAGGAAGAAAUGUCAAUUAUCUCAUAA